GCUUCCGGUUGCGGCGGUGAGGGAAUCCUCGCUUCCGCCGCUGCCACUUCUCAAUGCUUGGCCGUUUCUAAUACUGGUCUCAAAGUCCAACUAAUGCAGUCCGUAAUAAUGAAGAACUCCAAGGAAGCCGUGCAGUCAGCAGCUAAAGAGUUUUUGCAGUUUGUCAACAGAGGCGUGUCUCCAUAUCACGUGGUGGAAGAAUGCCGGAAGCGACUGCUUGAGGCGGGAUUCAUCGAGCUGAAGGAGAUGGACAAGUGGGACAUCCAACCAUGCAACAAAUACUUUGUGACCCGGAACUUCUCCAGUGUCUUAGCCUUUGCUGUAGGGGGGUGCUACUCCCCUGGAAAUGGCUUCUCCAUGAUCGGAGCCCACACUGACAGCCCCUGUCUCAGAGUGAAGCCAAGGUCUAUGAAGACAAAGCAAGGCUGCCUUCAGGUUGGCGUGGAGUGCUAUGGUGGGGGCAUCUGGAACACCUGGUUUGACCGUGACCUGACCAUUGCGGGCCGUGUUAUGGUUAAGGGUGAUGGCAGACUGCUCCAGCGGCUGGUGCAUGUGCCACGACCUCUACUCAGGAUCCCUCACCUGGCCAUCCACCUACAGAGGGACAUCAACGACUCCUUUGGCCCUAACAAGGAGAACCACCUCGUGCCCAUUCUGGCCACCGCUGUUCAGGAAGAGCUGGAGACAGGCAGCGUGUCGUCAGGGGACGUCAUCGGUGCUGCCAACACAGUGAAGACGGCAGACAAACACCACCCCGCCCUGGUGAAGGUUUUGUGUUCGGUGCUGCAAGUUGAGCCUGAAGUCCUGCUCGACUUUGAGCUCUGUCUGGCUGACACUCAGCCAGCGGCGUUGGGAGGCGUGUAUGAAGAGUUCAUUUAUUCUCCUCGCCUGGACAACCUCCACAGCUGCUACUGCGCCCUGCAGGGGCUGAUUGAAUCCUGCUCAGGAGACUCGCUGGCCCAAGAUACCAACAUUCGCAUGGUGACGCUCUUCGACAACGAAGAGGUGGGCUCCGGGAGCGCUCAGGGGGCGCAGUCCAACCUCACAGAGCUCAUCCUCAGCCGGCUAGCCAGCUCCUCCUCCAACCCCACCGCCUUCCAGCAGGCGGCGCCACUCUCUUUCAUGAUUAGCGCUGACAUGGCCCAUGCCGUGCAUCCAAACUACCAGGAGAAGCAUGAGGAGAACCAUCGGCCAGCGUUUCACAAGGGUCCUGUGAUAAAGUUCAACAGCAACCAGCGCUAUGCCACCACCGCUGUGACUGCCGCAGUUGUCCGCGAGAUCGCCAGGCAGGCCAGCGUUCCUCUUCAGGAUGUGAUGGUCCGUAACGACAGCGCGUGUGGAUCCACCAUCGGACCCAUCCUUGCGGCUCGGCUCGGGGUGCCCGUGGUGGACAUCGGCGCUCCCCAGCUCUCCAUGCACUCAAUCCGGGAGAUGUGCUGUACUUCCAGCGUAUUGCAAAGCACCACCCUCUUUAAGACCUUCUUUGAGUUGUUUCCUCACGUGAGGAGCACGUUGGUGGUCGAUUAGAUGGGAAUGACCAGCAUGAGGUGGAGACACUUCAGAACAUACUUGACAUGAAAGUGUCACACACCUUUAAUUAUACCUGCAAUAAAGGACAUUCAAAGAUGGAAGCACUUUACAAGUUGUUUCUACUAUCUUCCGAGACAUCAUCAUUUCACAGUUGGCUGUUGUGUUCGUAUGUUUUUCACUGCUCAUAUUUAUGCGUGGCCUUGCAAGCGAACGUUGAUAUAUGGACGCAGCAAAUCCCAUCUGACCACUUGGAAAUGAGAGUAGAGCUUCAAGAUCAAACUUGGUUAACAAAUCUGAUUUGCCAGCAGUGUGAAGAAGGCUCUGUGUGGCUGCCCUGUGAAUGACAGCAAACCAUUCCUGUUUGUGUGUGUAUCUGUAUGUAGUUUUGUGUGUAUACAUUCAUUCAUCUCCCGUUCUGCUUACGCAAAGGAGCAUGGAACGCCAAAUGUUGAAAAUAAGCAUUCCCGACAAGAAAAGAUGCAGUUGGAUAAGACCGCAGACGCGAGUUACUGACGUCAUUCAAAAAAAUAAAAAGCCUUACAUGGAAAUGGGCUGGACCACAGAAA